AUGAAAACCGCUCCAAAAAAUUCUGAACCGAAUUUGGAAGCGCCUUUAAGAUCACUUGCUAUUUCAAAUCAAUCGGAAGAACAUUUACAAUCUGAAAAAUAUGCCGAAAGUUAUCGAAGUAGCUCUCCUGUAGAACUGUUUUAUGAAGAUCAGCAAAUUCAAAAUUGUUCAUCUUAUGCAGCUAAUAAAUAUCAAUAUCAAGUGCCAUUGCAAACAAAUAAGAGACCCAACAUUUCAAGUAUUCAAUCUAAAGAGUCUGUGUUUCCUCAAUGUUCUAAUAGUUAUAGUGAACAUCUUUCUGACCAUGAAGAUGAGACUUCUGAAAAUGAAUUCUCAGAGGAUAAAAUAUUUUCUUCGCUUAACCAGCACAAUUCGAACCUUUUAAAUAUUCACAAUGCUAAUUAUGUUAACCCUUAUUUAGCGAUUCAACCAAAUAAAGUUUAUAUGACAAUUCCAGCUACAAAUAAUGAACUCUCUUUUCAAGAUGAAGCUCAUCUUCUUCGAUGGUUAUCAACACAGAAAGAUCUAGUCCUAGUUGCAUUGAAUACAAUUUGUUCUUCACUAUCUAUUAUAUCAAACCAGGCUAUUAAAACACAAUCUAAUUGGAAAGAAAUAUCAAAUAAAUUGCGACAGGCAUUUGAAAAUUUUUGUACCACAUAUAAUAAUGAUAUUGCAAAACUGGCAAACCAAUUAAUUCGAAAAAGAAGGCCACUUAAAAAGCAUAUCGACGCACUCGAUUUUGAUGCUUUUAAAAGUCGUCAACCUGAAGUAAAGUCACUUGAAAAUUUUAUUGCUGCAAGUAUCAAAAUACACGUAGAAUUCUUAAUAGCAGAAUCUAAAGAAGAUCCAGAUUAUAAUUCUAUAGUUUUAAAUCGUAUUAAAGAAUUGAAUAAUACUACUACUAAUUUCAAAUUUCCAGCUGCAAGUCAUCUUCAACAUGCUAAUCAACUUGAACUUAAAGAAGAAUGGGGAAGGUUAAAAAAUUAA